ACAAGGACAGCCCCUAGCUGUGCGUCUGUCAGCUCCCUCUAUGUCUGACUGUCUAGCUCCCUCCCGGCUGGCCCCAGGACUGUAACCGACAGUCCUGUUGCAGCAGGCAGGGGACCUGUGACCAAAGGCCAAAGUCCCCCCGCUUUGCUGCAGCCCUACAUCCUGGAGGGGCCUUUUGCAGGAAAUCAGCAGGUGCAUCUGCCCUGCCCCACACCCCUCAGGAAGUCAGGGAGAGGCUGGGCCUUUGCAGCGGUUUCUGUUUCAUUCUGCAUCAUCCCUUCAGCCGCCUGAUGCAUCCCAGAAGGGUCCACAAAGCCAUUUAAUUCCUAACACAAGACCUGACGGAUUUCCCACUGUGAAUCCCUCGACAGACGUCCCCCCCGGGGCCUCCAGCACGUCGGAAAGGUCCCGCCACCGACUCGCUCCUCGACGGGACGGAGUUAAUUAUCUCUGCACCAUGUUGAACAACGACAAAUGCAUACUUAUUGAAAUCCUGGAAGAGCUGAGUGACAAAGACUUUGAAAAUUUCAAAUGGUAUCUGAAGAAUGAAGCUGAUGAGAAGAAAAUGAGGGUUUCCUCUUUGGAUGGAGCCGACCGGAAAGAGACCAUCGACAAGAUGGUGAGCCACUUCGGAAGCAAUCAGGCCCUGAAAAAAGCCAGGAAGGUCCUGGAAGCCAUACCGAGGAAAGAUCUCGCUGACAAGUUAAUGAAGAAAGAGUUAGAUUGGAAAACAAGCUUGGCAGAGGAAAAAGGAGGAGCUGAAGGGGACCACGGAGGAGGAGCUCAAGGGGACAACAGAGGAGGAGCCCAAGGGGACAGCGGAGGAAGAGCUCAAGGGGACAGCAGAGGAGGAGCUCAAGGGGACAGCGGAGGAAGAGUUCAAGGGGACAACGGAGGAGGAGCUCAAGGGGACAACAGAGGAGGAGCUCAAGGGGACAACAGAGGAGGAGCUCAAGGGGACAACGGAGGAGGAGCUCAAAAACUAAAAGAAAGACUGGUUGCGGCUGUGCUAGGCUUGGGCUGUUUAGGAAUGAUAGCAGAGGCGAUAGUUCCAUUAGAAAUGUGUCUUCUUAUACCAGUCGGAGCAGCAGUACUAGGAUAUUUGUGUGACAAAUAUAGAGGUCUGUGAACUUCCCUUUGACUUGCAAUGAGGCCUCGCUCUCUCUCUCUCUGUUUCUAUUGUGUCUAUUGUGGUUGUUAUCAAGGUAGCCUCUCUGCUCAGGUCUGAGACCUUUGCUCAGGAACUCCUGUUGGAUUAAAGUAAUAAUUAGAACAUUUAUGUUCCGGGAAGAUGUGAGAAAGUAUGGCCCAGAACAGACCCCGGAGCUGGCCCGACCAUUAGAGAGAAAUAUGCCUCUCAGCUUGCUGAGUUUGUGCUAAUUGAAAUAUGCCUGUCAGUUUACAAGGUCGGUGUUAAUUAUACCAGCACAUCCCGAGAGACAAAACGUAUGUCCUAAAGUGCUAAGAUUACAGCUGUUGUUACAAAUGGUUUCUUAAACUCAGGAACAAAUUUGUUAACCCCCCGUGACAUUAUUGACUUGAACUGGGACUGUAUAGAACAUGGUUGCAACCAAAGUCCUGGAGUGGCACCAAAUCUUGUAUAAAGGGGGUCAAAUGAGGUGUCUAACACAAGCUUAUGGUUUGCUGGUUAUGAUUAUGCUGUGUACAUGUGUGUAUCAUUUUUAUAAUUAAAGUUAUGAAUAUUGGCUCUCUAC